AUGGCAACCGAUGAAGAGACCGUGUUGAAGUACGGCGUCCUCGUCUACCCUGGCUUCCAGCUCAUAGAUGUGACUGGGCCGGUCGAUAUCAUAAACGUCACCAGCAGCCAUAUACCCGGCGUUACCCUCGAUAUAAUUGCUAAGACUCUGGAUCCAGUACCUACAAAGCCAUCUUCAAAGCCUCCUGCUGGAUUACCGGUCUUCAGUACUUGGCAAACUCUUGUUCCUACGCACACAUUCGCCAACGCCCCCCUUGAUUUGGACGUCUUGAUUGUACCAGGAGGGGUAGCCAACUUCAACCCUGAGGAUGUGACGAAGCCAAACUUGGAGCUCAUGCGCCCAAUGCUGGAUUUCAUCAAGGAGCGCUAUCCACGACUUAAACAUCUGAUCACGAUCUGCACGGGCUCGGGAAUUGUGAGUCAGACGGGUUUGCUCGACGGGAAGAAGGCCACCAUGUUCAAAGGAGCGUGGCCAAUUAUUUCGAAGUGGAGAGAGGAGGUUAACUGGGUAUCGAAGGCUCGAUGGACAAGGGAUGGUAAUAUCUGGACAAGUUCAGGCGUCACUUCAGGCAUGGAUUUGACGUUUGACUUUGUCGCGAAGAUUUAUGGCGAAGAGGUGGCUCAACAGGUUGCAGCAGAGAUGGAGUAUCAGCGACACGUUGAUCCUAGCAUUGACCCCUAUGGCAUUGACGUUGAGUAA